CUCCGUGAUCGCUUUGUGUGUCAUCCGAUCAUUUAUUUUUAUUAUUUUACGGUCGGCUGAUGAGGCGCGUGGUCGUGGAAAGUCACGCGUUCAGUGUCAGUGAUUUAAAUUUCAAAUUCACUCGCGUUAUCUCGGAAUCCUCCGGUCGCAGUGAAAAAUCGGUCAGGAACGGAGGAAGUGCUUGCUUGUUUUGACGUGUUUCAGCUUAUGACGAGGGUGGCUUUGAAUGAUAAUCUUCCAAAAUGGCGUAUGACGAUAUUCUGAUCCAACUCGGGGAAUUCGGACGUUACCAAAAAAAGAUUUACAUCCUCCUAUGUUUACCUGUUAUAUCCGUUGCCCUGCACAAAUUAGCUGGUGUCUUUCUGCAAGCCAAAGUAGCCCAUAGGUGCCGAUUGCCAAAUGAAUUUCAUGAUACUAGCUUUAAUUUAUCAGAUUUCAAUCUUACAAUGGUAUUACCAAAAGACGAGGUCACAGGCAACCCGUCCACCUGUCGCAUCCUGGAUACCAACUUCUCUUCAGAGUACUUUGCCAGUGGCGUUCCUGCAAAUCAAAGUGUCUCUUGUAAUGACUGGAUCUUUGAUCCUGAGAAUGUUCGAUGGAGCACUGUAACAGAGUGGAAUUUAGUUUGUAGCAGAGCUUGGAUGGCAGCCACUUCUGACUCACUGCUCAUGGUGGGGAUUUUGAUUGGGUCGUAUGUCUUCGGCGACUUGGCUGAUAGGUAUGGUAGACGGCCAAUAUUUUUCAUCUCUCUCGUCAUGCUGGUGGCUUUCGGGGUCCUUGCUGGGUUUGCACCAGAUAUCUGGACGUUCUCAGCACUGCGUCUCCUGAUAGGUGCUGCCACUACAGGAGUUUUUUUGGUCGCUUACGUUCUCGCCUUAGAGAUGGUAGGACCAUCAAAGCGCAUGGUAGCUGGUGUCUGUAAUCAGUUAUUUUUUACCGCUGGUUUCCUCUUCACCGCCGUCUUUGCGUAUUACUUCCCAAACUGGAGACAUCUUGAAAUAGCGAUUUCGCUCCCUACCAUCUUGUUUUUGAGUUAUUGGUGGUUCAUUCCAGAAUCAACGAGGUGGCUUUUGCUCCAAGGACGGAAGGAAGAAGCCAAAGCGAUCAUUUUAAAAGUGGCCAAAGAAAACAAAGUCUCUUUAUCUCCCGAAACUCUUGACGACUUUUUGAAGAAAGACGAUUUACCUGAUGAUACCAAAGAACAAAAACGUCCCUCAGCUCUUGAUCUCAUGAGGCAUGCAAAUUUGCGAAAGAAAUCCUUAAUCAUCUUUUACUUAUGGUUUGUUAAUAGCGGUGCUUAUUAUGGCCUCUCCUGGAACACAUCUAGCCUCGGUGGAAACCCUUACCUCAACUUCAUUUUGUCUGGGCUUGUUGAGAUCCCAGCCUACUGUUUCUUGCUGGUGACGCUAAAUAGGUGGGGUCGCCGCACUAUCUUGUCCGGGUGCAUGAUUGCUGGAGGCCUUGCGCUAAUAGCGACAAUGUUUCCCCAAGAAGGUUCCUCCUCUGCAUGGUUGAUUUUUUUCGCUAUGUCAGGCAAGUUAGCUCUGGCAGCAUCUUAUUCAACCGUUUACGUUUUCUCUGCCGAGCAGUUUCCCACUGUCGUCAGGAAUGUGGGAAUGGGUGUUAGCUCAACUGUUGCUAGAUUUGGAAGCAUUGCUGCACCGUACAUCAACAUAUUGGGAGAAGUAUGGCGGCCUCUGCCUUUCAUAAUUUUUGGGUCUUUUGCAUUAUCAGCUGGUGCCUUAGCACUGUUGUUACCAGAGACCCACAACAAAGACUUACCAGAUUCAAUAGCUGAUGGGGAAAACUUUGGAAAGAAAUCCAAAAAAUUAUCCAUGGAACUGAAAGAAAAUGGCGAAUCGUGAUAUUAAUACGGGUGCCUUCAAAAAACGGUGGAACUGUGCCAAAGAUUUGGAUGCCAGCAAGACUCUCAGUUCAAGGAAAUCUUUUUUUAAAUGAUUUUGUUACUGUUAUUUUUUUACCUCAAAAAUCUUCUCGUUUAUUGAUACUGUUGUACAAUUUCAGGUGAAAGUAACCUGCACCAAAUUUUUAAGCAAAUUGACGAUAAGUGGAUUUCACUCCUGAAACCAUUUUUUAUAUUCAUAUUCCAUGCCAGUGACUACCUUACUUAAUUGGCUGAGCGUAAAAGAUAGGUGCCAAAAAGGCUAGGGCUGUGCGAGUACUCGAAUUUCGAGUCGAGUCGAGCCGAGUAUCGAGUACUCGACUCGGCUCGAAAGUUAGGUUAGGUUCGAGCGAGUACUCGAACUCGGCUCGAGUGUCAACAACACGAGUUUUUUCGAGUAUUUCGAGUUUUUUUGAGCCGGAAACGCCGAAAGAGUCCUACUUCCAAACAUUUCAAUCAUACUUAAACUAUUGUUAGUUUUGCCAUCAUUUUACGAUUGAAUAACAUCAGAGUCUCGUCGGCAAAUUUCUACCAUCCGCAGCGCCAACACGCUGCCGCCCGGCGAUUUCCUGCCGCGCGCGCGGUUUGUAACUACACGGAGUCAUAUGAGCGCAUUUACGCGCGCGACAAAUUUCAACCUGCGGCGGCGACCGCCGCUUGGAAAACUGAAAGUGAGCACGUGUUUUGGACCUUUUGCGUUCCAGAAAAACGGUGUCGCGGCGGCAGAAAAAAGGUGCUGCGGCUACAAAAAUAGGAAUCGCGCGAUUCCAAAAAACGUCGCGGCGACAACUGCCGCCGGCGACACGAAUUGCGUGCAUAAAUGGGCUCUAAAGCCCUUACUUGUGCCGCCCGAAGUUCCUUUGAUGUAUGCCGCGCCACGCCGCUUCUUGCCAAGUUUUGUCCUCUUUUCAAAUUAAACCGCAGGAAGUUAUUUUAACGCGUUACUGCCGAACAUUUUGUAAUUUUAGUGUAAAUCAUUCCUAGUGUGUCAUCGUCAAUAAUUAUUAAUAUCAUAUUAUGAGUCUUGUUUGAAAUUAUUUGUUGUAGAAAAUAGAUUAAAUCACGUUUUAAAACUCGAAAUUACUCGAGCUCGACUCGGCUCGAGGGUCAUUUUCAAAGCUCGAAAAAGCUCGAACUCGGCUCGAAUCCAAAAAACCAGGCUCGCGCAGCCCUAAAAAAGGCUCUUACUUAUUCAAUUGACUGCAUUUUUUCAGCUCCACUAGUCCCUGUAUGUGUUCAGACUUUGAAACUUUACCUAAAUAUUAGUUAGUUUCUUUUUUGUUACUUGAUCUGACCUCUUUUUCUGGAAAAUUAAAUUAAAUUAUUCACACUACUGUGCAGUUGUGGAAAGUAUGUGAGAGUCAAACAGUUUUGAUUCGCCAAAGAUUGAAUAUUAAAGGAGUUUAUUAUUUUUUAAAAAAAAAUUAUAAGCUUGAAGUCAGAAUAUGAAAAAACCCUCAUCUGCAAGUAUCCGAAAGUAUAUUGGUUUCCAUUUAAAUGCAGUCCCCUAUUAUACGGAACCUCUAGAGCUGUCUGAGGUGGCAGAAACCAACUGAAGUUGUAUAUUUCCCUCCCUAAGAAAGUUUGAAGUCACAUUUAUGAAAAAUCUAAUUUUCAUCAACAUUGACUCUGCUGACCAAAAAUCAUUCCUUUGAACAUUUUUGGGCAUGAAGCCAUGGCCUUUUCUUUAGAUCUGUGGAAAUUAAUGAAAACUUCUUGUGAUAAGAUACACUUUGAAUUCUCAAGCUGUUUCGCGUAAAAGUCUUGAAGUUUUUUCCACGUUUCCUCCGAAAAUCUCUUUCACUGAUGAACACUAUCGCACUUGCGCAUCUCUUGAGGUUAGCCAACAAUUCUAGUCAUCAGAUUCUCACAUGUAAUUAAACACGGCAUUAAAAAAAACAAUGAAAGUCAAGGAUUUCAUGAAAAUCAAGAAUGUUUUGAAGUAUGGUUGUUCGACUUCUCAACUGAAACUUAUGGUUGAGCACAGCCCAAUCUGAUAGUGUUCGGAACCAUUCUAAGUUACCACCUACCAACCUUCCUAAGGUUUAAAAUGGUAUUUUUGUAAUUUAUAUUUGUAGUCGAGAAGUUUUAAGGUAGAGACGGGAAUAUACCAAGACAUAUCAAGUUGCCAUUAAUUUUUUAUGUAAUGUAUACAUCACAACAUUCAGUCAAGUCAGUAUCGCUCAAACAACUGAUUUUAUAUGCAUAUAUUUAACUACCCAGAGUUAAGUGUCUCAUAACUUUUCAGAACAUUAAUUAGUUAGUAUUGUACUUACAUACCUGUAUAUAUAGUAUGUAUGUCACUCUAUGUACCUGUAUUUUUUCCCUCUUUGUUAGCUGAAGUCAUUCUGUUAUCAUGAAUUUUAUUUCUUUGUGAAAUUUGGUCUUGAAUGAUUUGGGAUCAAACUAUAAGAUUAAAUCCAUCUUCUCUGCCUCAUUUUCUGAAGUACGCUGAAGAGCUGUUCUUGUGGCAUCAUCUCUGCUGAACUCUAGGACUGUGUGUAAAAUAAUUUGGACAAAUCCUUCAGCUUUAUUUCCUUAACUGGGUCGUAUUGUCUUUCAAUUAUUGUCAGUCAAUUUUACUUUCAAAGCUUCAAAACAAUUUCAGAUUAUGACUUGCUAACCAUCAGGCGUACAUUCAAUUAUCAGGAAAUUUUACCAAAAUGUGACAGGGAAAUGUCAAGGAAUUUCAUUUUCUAACUUUUAUUGCAAUCUUGAUGCCACUAUGAGUUAAAGUAAGUUAACUGAAGUAUCAACCCAACUUGAUUUUAGUCCAAAAUGGGAAGGAAUAGAGAAGAAAUGAAGAAAAUAUCUGUCAAGGGGAGGGAAGGUAUUAAAAUCAGGAAUUUUGCCCUGCUUAUUCUAGGUCCAUGUAGGGAGCAGAAUUUGAAAAAAAUUGUGUGAAACCUAGUAAGAUUGACUAGCCUUCACAGUAAAAAUGUCAAUUUUCCUAGUGAUGCCACAGAACAAGUUACAACAGAACCUGUUGCACUAACAGAGUGAUCAUUUUACUUUAAUCGUGUUGCUCAUGUAUUUUAACUCAAAAUUAAAUUGCUUUUUGUUAUAAUUCUAAUUCUAAUUGAUCUCAAUUAUGCAUUUUAUGCUGAAAAUUAAUUUUCUUUACCAACGUUUUCACAAAUUAAGUAAGUGAAUUUUCUUGACAAUGUAGGAACAUGAUUCGUGCAGCCUUGAAAAACAAAGAGUUGUGGAAAAGCAUGAUUAUAGUAUAUUUUUAAGGGCUUGAAAGUGCUCGAUUUUUUUAUAGUACUUGAUGUUUAACCUUUACAAUUUUUUGGCAAACAAUGUUUGUUAUAAAGAAAUAAUAAAGGCGGUAACAGUGAAUAGAUAUUUUGAAAAGAUUUUGAUUUCCUUGAAACGCUGAGCUACCUUCCAUGAGAAACAAAAAUUGCAGACUCCGACUUUUCAUCUUUGCGAUGACAAUAGCAGCGGUACGUCACUUUCACAAUGAGCAACUGUUUGGAACUUACUAUGUCGUUCAGCUUUGAAAACAAGGAGAUAGACCCUGCAAAUUCUCAUUAUUAAAAAAUUUUAAUCAGGGAAGAAAAUGUACAUGUCAGGGGAAAAAAUGAAGGUCUCAAAAAGUGCUUGCUUUCAUACUCUUGCAGCUGCGCGAACCAUUACAUAGUUUGAAACAAGUUUAUCUGUAUUGUGAGUCAUGUAUCCAAAAAUUUUUCCCUCAAAAUAGCAAAUUUUCUUUGUGUUGCCGAUGUGCAAUCCAUCCUCCAUUGGUUAAGUCAGUUUUUCUCAAUAAAGUAUGCAGCAUGCCAAUAAUCUAUGGAACAAAAUUCAAAAUGGAGUUGAAUGGGUUCUAACAAGGCGAUGGAUUGGCAAUGAAAGUUUGCUUCAAGUCUCGAAACCUCAAGACCAGAGACCAACCUUAUCGAACUGACUGUAGUUUUACCAUGAAACUUAUUAUUUAUUUUUAAAAUAGUUGUUAUUUUUAAAGUAGAGGAAUGUAUCUCAAGUGCCAAUUGUAUAUUUUGUGUAAAGCACUGUUUUUUUACUGUGGAGCACGUUUUUUUUCUCAGAACUAUGUACUUUCUUCUCAAAAAUUUAACUCUCAGUAUUUUCUAAAAUUGUUGUGAGGUCUUCAACAAGUAAAAUCGUAGUCAAAGUUCAA